GAUGAGAUGUGAGGCAGACAGCGGGUCCUACGCAGCCUGAGGAGACAGUGCGCUGCUCAUUUGUUUAAAUUUGCAGCUGACGGCUGCCACCUCUCUAUAGGCACCAGAGAGCCUCUAAGCAUCAGUCAGUGACCAGCCUGGUUGACAUACGGCUACAAACAUGAACUACCCCCUAACCCUGGACAUGGACCUUAUGAACUACAACCUGGAGGACGUGUACAGAGAACUAGGCAACUACAGCGACAGCACUGAGAGUCCCACAGUGGAAAAUCACCUCUGCUCCACCGUCGAGGGGCCCCUCCUGACCUCCUUCAAGGCUGUGUUCAUGCCGGUGGCCUAUGGCUUUAUCUUCCUCCUGGGUAUGAUGGGCAACAUCCUGGUGCUGGUGAUUCUGGAGCGGCACCGGCACACACGCAGCUCCACCGAAACCUUCCUGUUCCACCUGGCGGUGGCCGACCUCCUACUGGUCUUCAUCCUGCCUUUCGCCGUGGUAGAGGGCUCUGUGGGCUGGCGCCUGGGCACUGUCCUCUGCAAGACUGUGAUCGCCCUGCACAAGAUCAACUUCUACUGCAGCAGCCUGCUCCUGGCCUGCAUCGCCGUGGACCGCUACCUAGCCAUCGUCCACGCCGUCCACGCUUACCGCCACCGCCGCCUCCUCUCCAUCCACAUCACCUGUGCCACCAUCUGGGGAGCGGGCUGCUUCUUCGCCUUGCCGGAGAUCCUCUUCGCCAAAGUCAGCCAACCCCACCACAACGACUCCCUGCCCCGCUGUACCUUCUCCCAGGAGAACCGGGCUGAAACCAACGCCUGGUUCACCUCCCGCUUCCUCUACCACGUCGGAGGGUUCCUGCUGCCCAUGCUGGUGAUGGGCUGGUGCUACGUCGGGGUGGUGCACAGGCUGUGCCAGGCCCAGCGGCGCCCUCAGAGGCAGAAGGCAGUCAGGGUGGCCAUCCUGGUGACGAGCGUCUUCUUUCUCUGUUGGUCACCCUACCACAUCGUCAUCUUCCUGGACACCCUGGCGAGGCUGAAGACCGUGGGCUACAGCUGUGAGCUCAACGGCUACCUCUCGGUGGCCAUCACCAUGAGCGAAUUCCUGGGCCUGGCCCACUGCUGUCUCAAUCCCAUGCUCUACACUUUCGCGGGCGUGAAGUUCCGCAGCGACCUGUCGCGCCUUCUGACCAAGCUGGGCUGUGCCGGCCCCGCGUCCCUUUGCCAGUUGCUCCCCACGUGGCGCAAGAGCAGCCUCUCGGAGUCCGAGAACGCCACCUCCCUCACCACCUUCUAGGUCCUGGCCCCCCUCGGGCCUGCCUUCCGUGCGGGUGCGGUGUUGCCGGAACCCCUUCCAGCAGGAGCUGGGACCCUAGGAUAUGGGACCCCCACUCUCCUCAUCCGGGGCAGCUAGAGCCACGCCCUCCUUCCGGGACGUCCCUGCGCGCCCUUCCGCCCGAGGCCCCGCGGCCGUCCAGGGAGCGGAAGCAGUCGCGAGGCCGAGCGGUGGAAGCCUGUGCCGGUCGGUCUCCCCUUCUUUCAUCUUAACUGUUGGAAGCUCAAGAAACAACUUUUGCUCCCGCCCUGCCGAUUGGGAAGGUCAGUCGCCUCCCAGAACGCACUCCGCCAUCGUAGGGACCAGGGGUCUCCACAACGACCCGCCUCUCCUCUCAGCCCUCCGGCCGAAAGAAGCUAGAGGCAGAGCACCAGGGGAGAGAUGGAGGGCGAGGCUGAGGGAAGGCCCGCUGGCGAAAGGAUGUGGCCUUAACCAUCUCGGACCCUGACAGACGCAGACACCCUGCCCGGCCACCAGCCCUGCAUCUGGACCGAGCAGGAAACGCCGACUGACCCAAUCCAGGAAGCUGCUCCCGGCUCUGACCCAAGUGGCCCCGGGCCAGCCCCAUGGCACCGGGCCGGGGAGGUCUGCAGACUCAGGGCAGACUCCAGGCACCCUCAGACAUCAGCCGGCAUCCUAGGGAAGAACGGAGGCCAAGCCAGCAGAGAAAAGCCGUUGAAAGAAAAGAUUCUCCUUCCUCAGCCUCAAGGAGGGACAAGUAGAGACCAAAGCCAGCUGUCUUCUCUGCCCAGGGUGGAGAGGCCCCAGUAUGGGCCAGGGGCAGUCAGGUCUGGAGCCCUGGUAGGUCUGGCCACUGAGAAGGAAGGAGGCAGACUGCUCCUUCCUGCCCCGGCUCUCCACAGGCCAGACAACCAGGAGAAACUGGGGCAGCAGAGGGGUCCCAAUCACACAGAGGGAGCACUUCACGGAGGGUCGGAACAGAAAUGCAGACCCCCGGAGAAGAAUGACAGAUUGAAAAGGGCCUCUGGGGUCAUCUCAUCCAGCCCCCUACCUGCGGGCCAGACCUAGAGUUUGCCACCUCUCUGGGCCUCGCAAGAGCCACAAGGCAUCCCCUCGGGCCAGGCAGGGUGAGAAGCAGGGAAGUCCCCAAGCCCCAGGAAGCCGAGCCCUGCCCCUGAGAGGAUACUACUCAGAUGGAACCAGAGGAAACCGCUCCGUGCCUGCCUGCCCGCCUUCUGCGGGGAGGGCUCUCCCGCCCUCCUCCGCAGCCCCUGCUCUGGCUAGGGUGGGAUGUCGGGGACCCCUGCCCUUGCUGAGGGCACAUCUGGGGGAGGCCCACUCCCACUCCAGGGCAGCCAACCAAGCCCCCUUGGGGGGCCCCAUGUUGGAAAUCAGACCUGUGACCCAGGGGAGGAGGGAGAGACUCUCUCUUCACCAUGGAACACUGGGAAAGCCCCAGGGUCCCCCUUUUUCCUCCCAGCAUCCAACAGUAAGCUGGGUUUGGGGAGUAGCCAGACACGGAAGCAAAGAAGGCAAGAGGUUGGAUUUUUAAUUUUCUCUUUUUAAUAAAAAGGCACCUAUAAAACAGGUCAAUACAGUACAGGCAGCACAGAGACCCCCGGAACAAGCCUAAAAAUUGUUUCAAAAUAAAAACAAGAAGAUGUCUUCACA